AUGCGCGACAGGGCCGCAGCAGACAGCAGCCGCAGCAGACGCAAAGGCCAGGCAGAGGGGCCCCGGGGGCCCCCGCGGCUGAACUGCGCAGCAGCAGCAGCAGCAGCAGCAGCAGCAGCGGCAGCAGCGGGAGAGGAGCUGGCAGCAGAGGCCUCGAGUGGGGAGGGGGAGGCCUAUGUUGGAGAGAGGCAGGAGAGAAAGAAAGGAAAGGAAGAGGGAAAGCCCGGCCGUGCUGCAGCAGCAAGAAGUGCAGCAGCAGCAGCAGCAGCAGCAGCAGCAGCAGAGCGGGCUGGCCCGAGCGCGAGUGGCUUGCGGCCUAAAGACUGCAGAGUCCGCCCCGGGGGGGCGCUGGGGCGCUGCGGCAAAGAGCGGGGAGUCCGGCGGCGGCUGCAGGCUGCAGAUCCAUUGUGGGGCGGGGGCAUGCGCUGCGCGCCUUUCGGGGGCCCCCCAGCUUUCCGGGGCCCUUUAACUUCUCCCGAAAUUGGCUGGAGGCUCCCCAGGAGGAAUUUUAGCUCAGGAGGAGCUGCCCUUGGAUACACCGCAGCUGCGGGCGCGCGGGCUGCGGCAGAGCGCAGCCACUUCCUGUCUUGUAUUCCGAAGCUCUGCAGUCCCGCGGCUAAAAUGCAGUUCUUUUUCUUUCUUUUCUUCCAUUUUUUCUCUUUAUUUCUCUCCGUUUGGGGCCUCCGCGGCUGUCCCAGCGGGCUGCGGGCGCGCGUCGAGGCGGCCAGGAGCCAGGGCUUUCCGCUGACUCCGGCUUUCUACCAAGAGCUGCUCCAGCUGGAGCAGCGGCUGCCCAUUGAGCCGUACGCGGAAAUGUUCUCAACUCCGGCGCCGCCGGCAGCAGCAACAGCAGCAGCAGCAGCAGCAGCAGCAGAAUCUGCGGAAGCUGCGGAAGCUGAGGAGGCCCCCAGCACGAACACAGGCCCCCAGUUCACCAACAAAGCCUAUUUGUACUCUCUUCUCGCCUUUUGCGUGGCCUUUGGGGGCGGCUAUCUUUAUUUGCCCGUAAGUUUCGCGCAGCAGCAGCAGCAGCAGCAGCAGCAGUUCAUGUUUGUUCAGUUUGUUGCAAACAGCCCCGCGGUAAGCCAGCAGCAAACAGCCCCCGCUGCAGCACGAAGAAGCUGCAAACUCAGCCGGCCGCUGGACUUUCGCUCUCGGGAGGCUUUUUGCUGGCAGCUUUUGGACAAGGCGUUGCCUCCUUUAGUGGACAGGAACUUCGUUUCCUCUUGCGUCUGCGCCUGGCUGGGCGUUGUGCAAGUUCUGUACGGCUUCGCGCUCAAGGACUUCAUCGUAGACACUCCUUUCGAGCCUGUGGGCUUCUUCGACCUCCCAAGCGAGCUGCUGCUGCUGCUGCUGCUGCUGCUGCUGCUGCUGCCGUCUGCUGCUGCUGCUGCUGCGGACGAGAAGGCGAAGCGCACAGCAAAGAAUGUUUCCGCGAAAUGCUCUUCAGUUAAAUUCGACUACUUCGCGAUAGAGAACUUCACAGUGCUGCAGCUGCUGCAGCUGCUGGAGCAGCAGCUCAAGAGCUGCUGGAGCAGCAGCCCAGCAGCUGUUCCAGCAGUUUAG